AUGUCCGUCCACGACCAUAAUGACCAGGGCCCUGCCUUGGAACAGAGCCAGUCUGUGGUGAAAAAGGCCGACGAGAAGAUGAUGGUGACUGAUGAAGCUUCGAAUGGAGAGUCACUCGACGUGGAGCUGGACCCCAAAAUGGAAAAAAAGUUACUUUUCAAGUUGGAUCUUUUCUUUGUGCCAAUCAUCAUGCUCACGUAUCUUUCCUGCUUUCUGGAUCGAUCUAAUAUUGGAAAUGUCAAGGUUGCUGGUAUGCCUGCAGACAUUCAUGCGUCUGAUAGCGAGUUUUCAACGGCCGUGUCAAUCUUUUAUGCGACUUAUGUAGUGUUUGAGUCUCCAUGGGCAGUGCUCAUGAAGAAGCUUACACCGCGAAAUAUUCUGACUGGAUUGUGUAUUGUGUGGUCCCUUACCACAACUUUCACCGGCUUCAUUGAAAGUGUCGGCUCGUUGUACGCUACCAGACUCAUUUUGGGUGCCUGCGAGGCUGGUUUGUUCCCUUGUUUGAACCUUUACUUGACGAUGGUUUAUCGACGCGAGGAGCAGGCCAAGCGCGUCUCUUAUCUGAUGAGCUGCGCCGCCAUUUCUGGUGCCGUGGGUGGUCUUUUGGCAUAUGGGCUGCUCCAGAUGGAUGGAAUUGGUGGGAAGGCUGGAUGGAGAUGGGUAUACAUCAUUGAAGGCCUCUUCAGUUUCAUCAUCGCCAUUCUAAUUUGGUUUGGGCUACCAAACAACCCUGAAGAGGCAUAUUUCCUCACCGAAGAAGAGCGUUGGAUGAUGCGCGUGCGCAAUGAGCAACGCAGAAAGUACAUGGGCAGUGAAGAGUUCAGCUGGGAGGAAAUGCGCAUUGCCGUGACCGAUCCAAAGCUGCUAUUCUCUGCGAUCGUCCAGUUCUGCCAGGAUAUUCUUCUCUACGGGUUCAGUACUUUCCUGCCAACAAUCCUGGAGAGCAUGGGCUAUGAUUCUCUCAUGAGCAAUAUUUUGACUGUACCAGUCUAUAUUUGGGCUGCCGCUAUCUUCAUUGCGAUAGCUGUGUGUGCCGAUCGGUACUCCAAGUUUGCAUCUUUUAUAUUUACAGUGAAUAUUUUCGGGAUAGUCGGGUAUAUAUUACUCCUGACAGUCAGUAACACCGCUGUCAAAUACUUCGCAUGUUUCCUGAUCGGAAUCCCGACAUAUACUGCUGUCGGCCUCAACCUUGCGUGGCUCAACGUCAAUGUGGCGCCUCAGUACAGACGUGCUCUGGCAAUUGGAUUACAACAGACUAUAGGUAACUGCGCAGGUAUUGUUGCUGGUCAAGUAUAUCGGACUUCUCCGUACGUCCUCGGAAAUUCAUUCUCCUUGGGGUCGAUAGUUGUUUCACAGAUUGUUGUCGCUUGUCAUGGACUAUAUCUUCGACGCCAGAACAAAUUGAAGGCACAGAUCGAGAGUGGAGAGAAGGAAGAUAAUCGACGUAUCCAUACGGGUGACGGUGCCGUGGACUUUAAAUACCAUUAUUGA